AUGGCGAUAGGGGUCGGCUUCAGCGCAGUGGUUGUGUGCUUUGGAGGACUGGGCCACGAUGGAGGCCAGGUGGGCGGUGGCCGCCGCGGAAAUAGAGGCGGAGGCGGCGGAGUGGGCGGCGGCGGCGGCGGCGGAUCAAGAUCCCUCCCCGCUGCUUUCCCAUCCAAGAACUUCAAGAAGCUUCGAGAUCUCACCACUCUCCUCUCUGUCAUUGGGCCGUUGUUGGGACAGGACCUGGCUGAACGAUCUCCGCCACAAUGGUGGCUUGGGCAUCUUGGGAGGCUCGAGCUGGCAACCGUACGUGGCCGCAAGACCUUGCGCUAUCAAGAGCAUCCGUUUUUGAAGCUCUCGGUCUCGAACGAAUCUCGGAAUGAGGAGGUGGGCAUCAAGGGCUAG